AUGGUUCACGCCGACGCCUCCAACUUCAAUGAGGGUGUUACCAAGGAGGAUGCCUACGAACAGGUUCUUCUGCAGGCAGAGGGUCUCUUUUAUGACCAGCGCAACUGGGUCUGCAAUCUUUCGAACGCAGCGUCUCUGCUGUGGCACGCUUACCAAUCUCUGCCAGCGCCCAGCAAUCGCGUAAACUGGUCAGGAUUCUACGUGCUGGACCCGUCCGCUGCGAAGCCUCAACUUAUUCUCGGUCCCUUCCAAGGCAAAGUAGCCUGCCAAAUUAUUGCCUUUGGCCGCGGUGUGUGUGGCGUUGCGGCCGAGUCGCAGACCACGCAGCUCGUCCAGGACGUGGAGCAGUUCCCCGGUCACAUUGCCUGCGACAGCGAGAGCAAGAGCGAGAUAGUCGUGCCCAUCGUGGCCGACAAGGACGGCGAGAAAAAGGUUGUUGCCAUCAUCGAUGUGGACUGCGCCGAGCUCAAUGGAUUCGACGAGGUGGACAAGAAGAACCUGGAACAGCUGGCGGAGCUGAUUGGCAAAAGCUGCAACUGGUAG